AUGGGCUCCAACGUGGCCGAUAUCCAAGGCCCCGGCCUCCUCUUCGUGAACUCCAAGAUCACUCGCCCUGGCCUCAUCGAUGAAGAUGCGUUCUUCAAGUGGUACGACGACGACCACAUCGUCGAGAUCCUCCAGACCAGCGGCAUCCAGUCCGCCUUCCGCUUCAAGGAUGUCACCGGCAGUGAUGCGGAUAGGCCCUUCCUGGCCAUGUACCCCAUGAAGGACAUUGCGUUCACCCAGACCAAGGAGUUUCGCAACAUCAGCGUUCAUAGCGAGAUGCUCCCGCAUGGUGGUCCCGUCUACGACAUCGCGGACUUUGACACGCGGUACUACAACCUCGUUCAAGUGAUCGAUCCGACGAAGAAGGGCAGAGGUUCUGUGAAGAGCGUCGUGGUGGCUCAGUACUCCCUUGAUGUGGCCGAUGAUGAGUUUAAAAGCUGGCUUGAGAGACGGCUCUUUGAAGGCCUCGCGGGUACAUCGGGACAUUUGCGGACAACGAUGUACAAGCUCGUCUACGCCAGGUCAAACGCCCAGUCCCGCGCAUUGAAGGGUCUGUCAACGACCAAUGAGACCUCUGAACGACCGCCUCUAUGGCUUGUGGUUCAUGAGUUCGAGUCCGCGGACGUGAACCCGGAAUGGCUUGAGCGACUAACUUCGUAUGUUUACGGACCGCUAGCUUACGAUCUGGGAAUCAAAGUUCGUCCAAGUGCUCAGAAGCAUGGUGUUUUCAGACUUGUCAAGACUCGUGGCCAGGGUGACUUCUUCCACGGGGUCGAUAUGUAG